AAGCAAAGGAAGAAGGUCGUCGGGCAACAUCAACAAGAGCAGACAUGUCUGUGAUUUGUUCAUGCCGUAUGUCAAAACAUUGCUGGCAGACUGAGAAUUUAACACCGACACUAUCUUUAUUUGUACCGUGAACGUAUCUCGCGUCAGCUUCAGUUAUGCAGAAGGAUCAUCUAACCAUGGCAGCUCAACCAUCCUGUCUGGCCCUGAGGGAAUUUUGCCCUCUUUACUACCUGCUCAACUCCAUCCCUGCGAAAGUCCAGAAAGGCUUCCGCUCUAUCCUUGUCUAUCUCACAGCUCUGGACAGCAACAUUGACUACAUCGCAGUGGGCAGCAGCAUCGGCAUGCUGUACCUUUACUGCAGGAGAGUAAGCCAGAUGAACAAAUACAACCUGGAGGGAAAAAGUGAGGCUAUCACAGUAGUGAAGUUGCUGAGUUGCUUCGAUGACCUGGUGGCUGUUGGUACCGCCUCGGGCCGCGUCACGCUCUUUCAGUUAGUGUCGCAGCUACCAGGCAGGAAUAAACAGUUGAGACGCUUUGAUGUCGUUGGUCUGCAUAAGAGCACCGUGACCGCAUUAGCAUGGAGCGCUAAUGGCAUGAAACUCUUCUCCGGCGAUGAUAAAGGGAAAGUGGUCUAUUCCGCUGUGGACCUGGACCAGGGUGUGUGCAACCCAGUGGUGGUGUUAGAAGAGGCAUCAGCCAUAGUUCAGCUGGAAUACAGUCAGAAAGUGCUUCUUGUUUCUACCUGUCAGCGCUCUCUUGUGUUCAACACUCAAGAACAAACUGUCCAGCAGUUGGGAACCAAACCCAGAAAAAGUAACGGCAAGUUUGGAGCCUGUUUCCAGCCUGCUCUUUGCAAGCAGAGUGACCUUCUGGUUUACGCGGCACGGCCAGGCCUUCGUCUCUGGAGAACGGACGUGCGUGGACGAGUACAAGAGACGCACGUACUCAAGCCGCUCUUUAACCAGGAUGUACCUCAGUUCGAGCUCUUUCCUCGCUCAAGCCCCAGCGGUGCCUAUCGGCCCAGCGAUCGGCAGCUAGGGCUCGUCUCCUGCUUCCUCAAGGAAGGAUGGGUGCUCAGCUGGAACGAGUACAGCGUCUACGUAUUGGACUGCACCAACCAGGUCAUCGUCGGCGGGAUGGAAAGCUGUGGAGACAUAGUGUCUGUGUCUUGCACAGAAAACGAGAUCUUCAUUUUGAAAGGAGACCGUGACAUCAUGCGCAUCUCCAACUGUCCUGAGGGACUGGUCUCCAACAUGUCAGAUAUGUCCUAUCGCCUAAUCUCCCCUCUCUCCACCCCAACCGUUUUGCUCCCCGCAAACGGAUCGGUGGAAACGGCCCAGCCGAUCAGGACCGUAGCUAUCGUUGCAGAAUCAGAAGAGCGGCCCACAGGAGCAGUGGAGACCGAAGAAGCACAGGAGGGGUUAACAGAGGCACGGGAGGAGUUCAGCCAGGCACUGGAAGCACUAGAGGUGUCGGAGGAUGUCGAGAGCCAGAAGGCGUUAAUGGACACCCGAAGCCGCAGUAGCUCCAUCACAUCAUGGGACAGCACACAGGGAACUUCUGAGAUGUCCUGCAGCCGCUACAGCAACAUCACCCAAGAGGAUUUUCAGCAGGAGCUAGUUGUCAAACCUGUGAAGUUGAAAAGGAAGGGCAAGAGGAUAAGACAGGAGAGUGGGAAUUGUGUGAAUGAACACAGCAGCUGGUCAGAGAGCGUGCACAGCCAGGACGGCUUGACCAGCGACGGCAUCCCCACACCUGCAAGCGAGCCACCCUCAGACCGCACAAGCCUACUGUGCAGCAGCCUGGACCUCCACAGCAACGACUCUCCCGAUCACGAGGGCUCUGUGUGCAUAGAUCCGCUCAGCACCGAAACACUUUCAGCACAGAACCUUUCAGAGAAAUCCCAGAUUCAGGACCAGGAGGGUGGUGAGAGCAAAAAAGCAGAUGAUCAGCUCGCAUGUCCCACAACCCUCUGUCUGCAAGACAUGGACUGCCAGGUUUACAGUGACCCUGCCAAAGUCGAGGAAAGCAACGAGCAAACAAGCAGCACGCUGGAUGUAGACAUGCUGCUGGAGUGCACUUUCUCCUACAUGCAUGCAGCUAACGAAAAGCCUGACACGGAGGAACAAACUGAGAUACAGCCUAAAGACGAUUCAGCAAGGAACUUUGAUUUGGACUUAACGUACUAUUCCAUCAGGCCACUUCCAUAUUCCCCAGAACCAGAGCCAGAGCCAUCACCCUCCAGUGACGAGGAGGACAUAUACGCACACGGAGUGCCAUGUAGUGCCAGCCUGGGGGACGGCCUCAGUAACGCAGGCCUUCAGAGUUCUACUGUGAAGCAGACAGAGCAGGAAGAGAUGCGGCUCCACAAAACAGACCAGUUGGCCGAGAGUUGGAUGGGCUACAGCGGGCCAGGUUGUGGCAUCCUCAGCCUGGUAGUGACUGAGCGACACAUCUGGUGCCUAGAUUUUAAAGGAGCCCUGUACUGCAGCAGCCUCACCAAUGGCAGCCUGAGCUGGCAGAAGUAUGAAGAGAAUGUCCAACAGGUGGCGUUGUCACCUUCUGGCUCAUUGCUGUGGAAAGUGGAACAGAAGACCAUGACAGCCUAUGCCUGUGGAAAAGUGACUAUCAAGGGGAAAAGGCACUGGUACAAAGCCCUGGAUGAGACUUCCUUUGUGGCAUUGAGUGAUGACACAGCCUGGAUCAUACGUACCAGCGGAGAUCUUUAUCUCCAGACAGGGCUGAGCAUGGACCGGCCAUGUGCACGCUCGGUGAAGGUGGACUGCCCGUGUCCUAUGGCACAGAUAGCAGCACGGGGCAGUGUGGUGUGGGCACUAAGCGAGCAGAGGGUUCUUUUCUACAGAGAGGGACUCAGCAGCUACUGUGCAGAGGGAGAACAAUGGAAAUACGACAAAGUCAGUGAGAGGCAACAUCUGGAGCCCAUCUGCAUUGCCCUUGGUGAGAACAACACACUUUGGGCACUGGACACCACUGGUAGCCUUUGGUUCAGAACUGGGGUCACGGCUAAGAAACCCCAGGGUGAAGACGAACACUGGUGGCAGGUGAGCAUCACAGAUUAUGUAGUGUUCGAGCAGGGCGGCCUCUUCCAGACACUGAUCCAGGCCACGCAGUGUGUCGCCACAGCCACCAAGGCUCCCGUGGAGCGGGUUGCCGAGCGCUUGCGUGUGGCAUUCCUCUGGCAGCAGUCUCAGUGCCACCCAAGCCUGGUCAGUGCCAACCGCAGCGGCGUGUGGAUCGCUUCAGGUCGCAACGACUUCCAUGUGGCCAAGGGCAGCCUUAUUGGGACAUAUUGGAGAACUAUUGUGCCCAGGGGGCUAGCAUCUGCUACUAAGUGGGCAUUUGUGUUUUCCUCAGCAGUUCCAUGCAAAGACGGGAGUUUUCUUUGGCUGGGUCAGAGCAGGAAGGACUUGUUUUGCAUUUGGGACCAGGACCUGCACAUGCGUCCUUUCACUGUCCAACUGCCUGCAGACGUGGAGAUCGUGCAGCUGGCAGCCUGCAGAGACGCUCUGUGGGGUCUGGACCAGCACGGCCGUGUCCACAUUCGCACCCUCACAGCCAACUGCCCCACCGGCCUCCACUGGACACCUCUAGACCUCAGCCAGCUUGGACACGUGAGGCUUCUGAGCUUUUCCUGUGGCAGUCAGAAUGUCUGGGCAUGUGACUCCAACGGUAUGGUGUAUUUCCGAGUAGGAACACAACCUCUAAACCCCAGCAUGAUGCUCCCAGCCUGGAUCUGCAUCGAGCCACCUGAGCAGCCUGUGGGUGUGCACUUAGUACGUGUUCAGACCAGUCCUAACGACCGCAUGCUGUGGGCUCUGGACAGCCGCUGUAACGUACACGUGCGCACUGGCAUUACAGAGGAGAUGCCAGUUGGGACGGCCUGGGAGCACAUUCCAGGGCUUCAGGCUAGUCAGUUAGUGCUGAGCACAAGAACUGCAUGGGUGCGCUGUCCUAAUGGUGAGAUGGCUCGACGAUACGGGAUCUCGGAAAAGAACCCAGCUGGGGACUACUGGAAGAAGGUGCCAGGCUUGGUCAACUGGCUGGCAGUGACUCCCAUGGAUGAGCUCUGGGCCGUUACUCCAACCGGUGCAUUGACACAGCGCCUCACCAAGACCCUGCCACACAGCACUGGCAAAAAUCAUGCCAACACAGGUUCCCUCAGUGGGGAAGAACUCGAAGAGGAGUGGGAGGUGAUUUAGACAGCUGUGUUGUGUGUUUUUGUAAAAACAGUUAUGUUGAUUUUGCUGGUGAUCACUUUAUUUUAUUUUUUUGGGGGGUGGAGGGGGGGGGGGGUGUUAUUGGCUGUUCUUAAACUGUGUAUAGAAGAGUGUCUUUACAGAGUGUACAGAAUUUUUGAUGGAUAAGUUUUGAAGGGAAGUCUCAAAAAUAUGUUUAAUUAUCUUGUUUUAACCAUGCACUAUUUAACUUUUUACCCAAACUAUCAGGAUCCGUUAUGAUUUAUUUAUUUAGUUUUUUUUUUUUUUUAAUAUGAAACGGUCCAGACAGUAUCACAAUGCACACGAUGAGCCGCUCCUAUCACAAGUAAGUCAGAGAUUACAAACUCAAGAUCAGCCACUUGGAGGUAAAGGAGAAAAAUAAAUCAAAAUCAGAACCAUGUAAUGCAUAUGACGAAAAUGAACUGUGGUCCCCACAGACAGAAAUGGGAAAGGGACAGAGACUAAAGUAUGAUCUUGACGUAAAAUAAAUAUGUGAAGGGAUUGGUCAUAAAGAGCAUUAAUUGAGUGCUCAAGACGAGUGAAAUCACGUUAAUGGUCUCCUAUUCUGCGCGGACUAAGAUAGUGGUGAUUAAAAAAAGUGUACAAGCUAAUUCUUAACUUAUAAAAUGUACAAACGUACGUUUGCUAACCUACAUGUCUGGUGUAUAACAUCUAUUAAUAUUAACUGUAUGCAGCUGUUUACUUUGUGGCAACAGAACACAGCUUUAAACCAGAAAAUGCCAUUCUGGAUUUUGUGAAUUAAUAUAUUUCUGUGGCUGAUUAAGCGAAACGGACAUAAGCUUAAACGGUUCGGUCUGUAAUCAGAUUCCGGCUGUCAGAAUGUCCACAAUGCUGCUGUGCCACAGUCUGAAAUGUGAUCAUUUUCUCCCUUUUCACAUUCUGGAGCGGCCAGAUUUUACAUUGCACUUAAGAUACACGUAGAAGAGAAACAGUUCAGGAACGUCUGUAGUUUUCAGAAUAUACCAUGUAAAGUAGGACGAGAAAAACACCCAGGCCACCACACACAUUUUUGAAGCAACCAGAGACUUGUCCCUGAUGCUUAACAAACCGAAAGUCUAUUUAAAUAUGUUUACAGUAACAGUAUGUUAAACUUAACACUUGCUACAUGUUAGUGUCCUUGUACAGCCAAAAACAUAAUGUGGCUAAACAUUAUGAAGCUAAAAACUUCCUGACACAGAACUAAAAUUAUUGGGACCAAAAGUGCUUAGUAAUGGAUUUGGAAUUCCAUACUGAUAAUUAUAAUCUAAUAAAACUUUUCAGUUUCCCAAUUUUUAACCGGUGUAGAUGAAUGAGAGCCUCAAAUGAUUGAUACUGAGCAUUAAGGUCUAGUCACGUCAUAAUCAACAAAAGAACAAAUAUAACGGAACUAUUUUGCUAAUAUAUAUCAGUCUUUGCUUUGACACAGAACUCAACUGGGAAUGUAUGUAAAAAAUGCUCAAACUUCGUAAUAGCUAGUGAAAGCUGAUACCAGGAUUCAUUUCAUACACUCAGGCACAAGGCAUGCUUAAUGCUUAGUUAUUCACAUACCUGCUGUUUGUCGGUUCAGAUCAGCUGUAUGCAUGAAUGAUCAGAAGUUGGAAAAGGAGAUAAAGAGGUGGUGUUUUGUUGUUUUUUUCUUCAUUGCUGUAACUUGGUUAUCUUGGUUAUUAGUAGACUGGUUCGUGUUAACGUGACAGUCUACAGCACUCUUAUAAGCCACCUCGGUGUAUUUGCUGUAUUUGCUCUUUCCGUGUACCUUCAUUUAGAGAAUGCACUUUAUUAACAAAUAAAUAUGUGUAUCAGGUGUAUUUUAAUUUAAUACGAGACGUAUAUAAUGGUACUGUGUCUUUUUGUAACUCAUCUUGUGAUUUGUCUGUACAUUUUUCUGUAACACAGACAGCUCAGAAAUAUUAUGCAAUGAAAUGAAUUAUGGUACGUACGUACAUAUAUCAACAUUGCAUUCGUAGUGCAGUUGUUUUACUUUUUAUCUGUGAUAAUUUGCCUUUAAUUUAGAGUCCUCUGGGACACCGGUGUCCUCUUUUCGUCUCCUCUUCUCCUCUGACCACAAUGCUGUUGGUGAAAAUGAAACGGGAAACACUAGCACUCAUUAUAGAGCACUGAUGUUACGCGUAUGGUAUAUUAUCACUAAUUCCAUUAACCAUGCUUUUACUGCUGCUGUCAUCACUUUAUGCUGUCUAUAUGAACUUCGAGAAUUAAAACAAACAAAAAAAGAUGUUUACCAAAAA